CAACAUUUAGCCAAUUUCCUUUGAUCUGAUCUGAUCUGGCCUCAUUCACACUUUCCAAGUCAAAGAGCUCUCUUCUGAUACAACUGGGACAGGUGUAAAGACUACAGAGCGUCCAAUUGGCAACAAGAACGACAUGGUAUCGAUAUUCAGAUUCUGCUAUGUGUUAAUCCCGUUGGUGUUAUCCAUUGCAACCAUCAUUCUGGGUGCACUGGCAGUUGCUGGUCAAACCACCAACUCAGCACCUAUCAAUCAGAUCUACCUAUUCAAGCUGAACAUCACAGAUGCCACCAGUGCGGUGAACUCGCUGCUAUCAUCAAACACAGACACAUGGAACAUAAGUACGGUGUAUAGCUUCGGACUAUGGGGCUAUUGCAGAGGUACCACGGACGACAACAACAACUACAACGUUACGUGGUGCUCUGAUCCCGAACCAAUGUACAUGUUUGACCCAAUUGAUGCGGUCACGUCUACCCUGGAGAACGAGUACUCCGUGGAACUUCCAUCCGACUUCACAGAUUACAUCAGCACGGCCAGAACUGUUGUGAAGUUGAUCUUCAUCACUGCGAUCAUUGGUGUGUGUACGGCCUUCCUCACUGGCCUAUUCACCCUCUUCUCCUUCUGUUCACAUUUCGUUUCUUGCGUUGCAAUGAUCGUAGGAGUGAUCUCUGCAUUGGCCCUUAUAAUCUGUGCAGGAGCUGCUACAGGUACGUUCACCAUUCUGAGAAACAACCUGAACAACGAAGUGAGUACGUACGGUGUUGAAGGUACACUGGAGAAUUAUCUCUUCUAUGGGCUGAUAUGGGCAGCCGCAGGUUGUGCUGUAAUUACUGCAGUGUUCAACCUGUUUGGUAUCUGUUGCUGUAGAACCAGAUCUGUUAGAUACAGAAGUGCAGAGGAAGUUCCAAUGAUGCAGUAUGUUGAGAAAUCAUAAGCUGCCAUAAGUGGUAGUUCAACAUUUGGGAUGGGAC